GCUGUCCUGAAGAAGCUUAAAUAUAAGAGAAUGGCCCUCUUCACUCCUAUUUGUGUUUUUUCCUAGUUUUUUACUUUAGUGGCAAAUCAGAAGUUGUGCCACUUGAUCCCAUACUCAUGGUAUAGCGCAUCGCCGGCUGUGUGGGGCGGAAUCACGUGGCUUGUGACGUCGGCAGGCCUGCGCGCAGCCGUAACCGGUGUAAAGAAGAUGGUGCUCAUCAAGGAAUAUCGUGUGGUCUUGCCAUGCUCGGUGGAAGAGUAUCAAGUCGGACAGCUUUUCUCGGUGGCUGAGGCCAGUAAAAACGAGACUGGUGGAGGAGAGGGCAUUGAAGUGCUCAAGAAUGAACCCUAUGAGAAGGAAGGCGAGAAGGGACAAUACACACACAAAAUCUACCACUUAAAGAGUAAAGUGCCAGGCUUUGUGAAGAUGAUCGCACCAGAGGGGGCGUUAGUUUUCCAUGAAAAGGCCUGGAAUGCUUAUCCAUACUGCCGCACGAUUGUGACUAACGAAUACAUGAAAGAUGACUUCAUGAUUAAAAUUGAAACCUGGCAUAAACCUGACACGGGCUCUUUAGAGAAUGUACAUGAUCUGGAUCCCACCACAUGGAAGACGGUGGAAGUCGUGCAUAUCGAUAUAGCCGAUCGGUCUCAGGUUGAACCUGGAGAUUAUAAACAGGAUGAGGACCCAGCAAUCUUUCAAUCAGAGAAAACAGGCCGGGGACCUUUAGGACCGGAUUGGAAGAAAGAGCUCUUGGCUAAGCCGGAUGCCCCUCGUAUGUGUGCAUACAAACUAGUCACCGUCAAGUUCAAGUGGUGGGGCCUUCAAACCAAAAUAGAAAACUUCAUCCACAAGCAAGAGAAGAGAAUCUUCACCAACUUCCACCGUCAGCUCUUCUGUUGGAUUGACAACUGGGUGGAGCUCACCAUGGAGGACAUCCGCCGGAUGGAGGCGGAAACGCAGCGAGAGCUGGAGGAGCUUCGUAAAACUGGUCAAGUUCGAGGCACCAGUGCUGCUCACGAACAAUGAGGCUAAACUUCAAGAAUCCAACCACGACGACACUUGACGAAAGACAUCACCGCAACCAACCAAACCGGCCAGUGGCGGCGCCGCCGCCGUCCUCCACCAGCAGACUGCAGAAUGACACAGUGAUCAGUAGUACUGUACUCGCACACCUGCCGACAGGGUGGACACGCAUCACGCUCGACCUGUUUUUAGAUUCACGCAGGUUGAUCCUGUGACUUUUACCACUUUGUUAGAAACAUCAGAGUAUUGCUGUAUGGUUGUGUUAUUCUAUUUUAGAAACAAAACGGCUUAAUUUUGGCAGGCAUCGGACCAAUUCUUUGUGUUUUUGUUUGGUUUUAUCUGUUUGUAAUGGUUCAGAUCUUUAUUUUCUUGUCUGUGUUUAGUCUUUCCCCCAGAUGAAGCAUUUCUUUUGGUUCCUUAAAAAUCCUAAUCACGUUUUAAUUAGUAGAUUGUCAUUUGGUAUCAGCGUAGUCCUGCCUUUCUAAGUAAAAUUUGUGAUGCUACUGCACGGCAUGCACAUUUGUGCAAAAACACACGUCCACCUCGCAAAACCUUUUCCGCGAGUGGCUUUUGCAUGAGCUCAGGCAUGUUUUUAAGAGGGUCUUCAUGUUCUUAAGACACUUCGCGUGACGUAACCCCUCAGGACUCUUCAGGUUCUCCUCACCAAAAUCCAGACUAAUUACCAGAGCAAAUUGCCGCUGCUGCUUUUUCUUAUUUUUAAAGUCGCUUUAGGACAGGCAAAGUGCUUUUAUAUCGCUAAUCUACCUGUAACGCUCUCAGGGUUCCCACGGUCUUGGAAAAUCCUGGAGAUAUCAGGGAAAAAUUGUGAUUUCCAGGCCCGGAAAAGUCUCGGUUCGUAACAAGCUUGCAUACAUGAAAUAAUUUACCUCAGUAAAUUAUAGAAAAGCAAAAGAAGUCAUUUCACUAUCAAAGUUGCAAUGCACGUAAACCACGUUGAUGUUUAAAAGCUGAAGUGUGAUGAUUCUUGUAUUUGAUCUCUAAAGUUGUGAAUCUAAAUUGCCAUUUCUGAGGUGUAGCUACUUUUCCAGGUGGAUGAAUCUCUGGUUACUGACAUGCGAACAGUGACUCCUCUCUGGAAUCCUUGCGCACAUUAUGCAAAUGUUACUGGCGUUGUCAUGACAACAGAUUUAAAUUCGGUGUCACUACACAGGCACAGGCAGUAAGAGAUUCUACUGCACAAGUCUCAUGGUUUUAGUGUGCACUUGAAUCUUUAUUGACCAGUCCUGCAGCAUUUUUGCUUUUUAACAAAAACGGACAACCUGAAAUGUUCUACAAUCGACAUGCUGUCCCCAAAACCUUUCUUUAAUGAAAUCAUAAGGCAUAAAUUGAUUUAUUUGUAUAGUGAUUAUUGCAAUCUCUGCAAAAUGAUCGAUCAGAAUGUGUGGGAACCCUGAGCUCUGCACCUGAAUGUGUGUGUAGAUGCCUCAACAGACGCUUAGGACAAAGAGGAGAACUUUAUAAAUGCAUUUUAAAGAGCUUGAUAUUUGUAUAGUUUCUAUAUCGUACCAGGUCGGAGUCGCAGUCCUCCUCGUCUCUGGCCGUCCUGCACCAGCUCAGAUCAUCCAGCCUAGCAAAAAGAGUCUCUGCUGUUUGCACUUGACCCGCAGUGCAAGGCUGUUUUAUCUUCAUGUUUAUUAGUAACAGGUUUUUAACGUGUGCGGUUCUCUGUCCCGGUCGAGAGGAGACCGAUCUGAUUUUUAUCACAUAUUGUGGCCAGUGCAUUCGUUUUAAUAGUUGGGCUUUCAUGGACAGCUGACGGCCGGAGUUUGCGCAGUCGCACGCAAACCAGUGCCUGAUGUCUGCGUUGAAACAUGCGAUCCUGUCGCAUUGUGAUUGUCUGUAGUUAGAAUUGCACAUUUGUGAUAGUUUUCAAGCCUGAACGUGGUGUACAACACGUCUCUUCUUGAUUUGCGUGUUUUGUUUCUUAACGUCCCUCUCAUUUCAAGGUCCACGAAUGUUCACGCAAUCAUGCAACCCGUCAGGUUCGGCCUCAGCGGCACCUUUAUGGCAAUCGAGACGACGUUGUCACGUACCUGUGUUCCUCUUCUCAGAUCCGGAUGGGAGGACGUCAGGUUUUGAUUUUUGCUUUUUCUUAUGUUCUCUAGAUCAUAAUUGAGCAAUCAGUGCACUGACGUCUGUUCUGACAUACUGUCUCGAGUCUCACGGAUCAUGUGGUUUACUUUUGUACACGUACAUGGCUUUUAGGCUAGCGGGGACUGGGAUGGGCAAGGGUUUCAGAUAGAAUGAAUGAAUCAUUUUGUAAUCGAAGCAUAACUGCGCACUUGGAGAAUCUAUUUGGGGUUUUUUUUUUUUUUUUUUUUUUUCUUGGGGAAUUACACAGUGCUGUUUUUCUGUCUUUUUCUGAUUGUUUGUUUGAAAAUCAGGGGAAAUAUCAGUGAAUGUACAAUGGUGUGAUUUUAUUGUUUUUUUUUGUUUUGUUUUUCCUGCAGCUUUUGAAUUGGUUAUAAAUUUAACAGUUAACAGUAUAUCUAAUAAAUUUCGACACCAGUCAUUCUUGGUCUUUUAUUUUGAGUUUUAUUUUCACUGUGGAUUUGCAUGCUUUAAUGUGUUGCCUUUAGAUUCAAGUCGACAGAAGACCUGUAAGCAUGUGGUAAUUUUAAAAUGAAAGUAUUUAGGUCUGGAAAAUCAUUGAAAGGUAAUUUUAGGAUUAAAUAUUCAAUAAUAAUAAAAUAUUAGUCUGAAGGUGUUAGGAUCUUACAUGCUUUAUUUUAUUUCUGCAUCUGUAAUUUGUGGUCACAAAUGUCUAAAUGUGAAUUUCUUCUAGUUCUCAUCAGUGUUUGUUCCUGACAGGAGCACUAGAUGGCACUGUUCCGCUUUGCCAAAGAAACGGGGAACAAUUUCUUAUAAAGACCAGAGGGACCUACAAAAUAAGUCUUAUGGCUUUCCAUUUAUUAUCCUUUUAUUAGUUUAAUUUCUUCAGUCAUACCUAUCAAUAAAUGGCCACUUACAUUUCACCAUAAAACCUUUCAGUAGCCUAAUGGUUGUAUCAUGCCGUAGUGGGUUUGCAGGACACAGUCUAGGUUGUAGUAUAAGGGUUUUUAUUUCUACAAUUUUGUAAUCACUGUUCAUUAAAAAGCUUUUGUUGUAAAGAUAAAUAAUUUGACCCAUGCUGCAGCAGUGAGUUCUAAAAAUACAUCACAAUCACCGGUUACUUACAGGAAAUUAACCCUGAAGACACAUUCAUUAUCUCUGGCUGCCAUUCGUCACAGCUUGAAAAUGAAGCCUGUUUCAUGCAUCUGCUAAUUUACUAAUUAACUGCUGCAUAUUUACUACAGUAUCUGUGUAUAAAGGAAUAUAGCUGUUUUACAUAUGAAGGAUUUGGGAGUGACUGGAGAUUUACACUGAUUUGUAUUUAUUUCAUAUUGCAUUUAAACAUAAAUUGCUUAAAUGUAUAACUGUGUGUAAAUAGAUCUAGUAUUUCACACGUAGAACAAUUAAAUACCAUCU